ACCACUAAUAGCUCCUCCAUUGAUUUUUGGAUUCUACCCAUCUCGGGACAGUGACUAGAAUUCCGGUCAUUCCCUCUACGGACGCUCCCCCCUUGUCCUCGGGGGAUAUAUUUUGAGUACUACCCCCUCGACAGUGGACCACUGAGCUGUAGUGGUACUGUAACUGUACAUAUACGCCAGAGUCCCCGAUCAGUUUGAAAACAGAGUGGCAAAGCGCGCUUAAGCCCCAAGCUCGCUCUGUGUAAGUUUGUUUCCCGGCUGGACGGAUGAAAUGCCUUCCGGAAAAAAACGGGACACUGGAACUUUUCAAGGCGUGCGGAGCUAGGGUUGUACCAAAGUAGUCAUGUCAUGAGCGCAACGAAGCAGGCUUAUAUCUGUUCUCACCUUACAGUAGCCACCACGGAUCCGGCACGUGCAAGAAUAAACAGAUGCAAGCUUCAUGAUACACCAACACUCUUCACAGGAAAAGAGCCCAGCCGCGGGAGGACUGAAAUCCGUCGGGGCGAGACAAACGGGGUGAGGUUCCUGGACGUUUCGGAGAGCGCCCGCCGCCGCUGUCCGGCACCAUGAACGCCUCGGCCGAGGGCGGGGCGCCGCCGCCCGUUUGCUUCUCCGUCAACAGCCCGCCCUUCAACUACACCCACAGCAUCGCCUCCGCCUACUUCUCCGCCACCUUCAGCGGCCUGGGCCUCAGCUCCAACCUGUUCGCCCUGGUGGUGCUGGUGAAGUCGUACCGCCGGACGCAGAGCCGCUCCCGCUCCUCCUUCCUGGUCUUCCUCCUGGGCCUGGUGCUGACCGACUUCAUGGGCCUGCUGGUGACCGGGUCCAUCGUGGUCUCCUUCCACGUCACGCACUUCAACUGGCGCCUGCUCGACCCCCGCUGCCACUUCUGCAACUUCAUGGGCGUGUCCAUGGUCUUCUACGGCCUGUGCCCGCUGCUGCUGGGCGCCGCCAUGGCCGUCGAGCGCUUCGUGGGCAUCAACAGGCCCUUCGCCCGCUCCGCCAGGGUGUCCAAGUCCCGGGCGUGGUCCAUGGUGGUGUCGGUGUGGGUGGCGGCGGGCUGCGUGGGCCUGCUGCCGCUGACGGGCCUGGGCAGCUACCACAUGCAGAUGCCAGGCUCCUGGUGCUUCUUCCUCAUCGGCUCGCGGCCCCUGGACAUGACCUUCAGCCUGCUGUUCUCGCUCACGGGCCUGACGUCGCUGGCCGUGUCCUUCGUGCUGAACACGGUGAGCGUGGUGACGCUGCUGCGCGUCUGCUGCGGCAAGGAGGCCGGCAGCCGCCGCCGCGACCACGAGGUGGAGAUGAUGGUGCAGCUCCUCGGCAUCAUGAUCAUCGCCUCCAUCUGCUGGUGCCCCCUGCUGGUGUUUAUUGCAGAGACUGUGCUGUCGGGCAGCAAGCUCCAGGUCAAGUACCUCUUGCUGUGGCUGCGCUUCGCGACCUGGAACCAGAUCCUGGACCCCUGGGUCUACAUCCUGUUCCGUCGUUCCGUCCUAAAGCGCGUGUACCCCAAGCUGGACCUGUCCCGCGGGUCCAUCAUGACCCUGUACCCGGGCUUCACCGCCUCCCUGAGGAGGCUCACCCGCUCUUCCCUGGGGGGCGCGGCCAGCAAGGUGGACGAAGGUGGAGCCCUGGACGGGACGGACAGGCCCACUCCCCGCAGGCCCCUCCCACCGACCUCCUAAGCCCCGCCCACCGCAGGAACUGUCACCCAUCGAGACGAUCGACGUGUUCCGGGCCUGAGCCGUUCAGUUACUUCCCCCGAAACCCUACGCCGCUCCUGGUAAACACCCCAAUGUUGCCAUUCGGCUGACGCAGUUAAUUUUAUUAAUCUGUUUUUAUUAUUUACCCUGCAACCCUUCCACAGGACAAGCGGGUUUAGAUAAUGGAUGAUGGAUGUUUUAUUAUUUAUGGGAAUACGGCGUCUGCCGCCGCCGUCCGGCUUUAGAUCAAAGGCUGUGGAAUUCUAACGGCCGUUCGGUUCCACCGAGCGCCCGUCUCGGAUUGUAAAGCGAAAGGGGUUUUUUCUUUUUUUUUUUUUUUUGCGAAAUUCCCCGCUAGCCGCGACGGCAGAAUGAUCGAGGACCUGUCGGCCGUCCCGUAAGCGUUCCUGACGUGGGCCGUCUGGAGCCGGAGUUGUUUCGGCGGUGGAGCCGAGGAUGGAGGAGGAACGGGUCGUUUGUCAGGAGUCUCCGUAAACACGGACGAGAAAAUCGGGGUGCGCGCAGCGCUACCUAUCACAGAUUCUAUAGACACGACCAGAUACUCAACUCUCCAUCCACUCUCCAAAUGCGGACGAAAAAAUCUGGUUGUGAUCAGCACUACCUAUCACAGAUUCUAUAGACACAACCAGAUACUCAACUCUCCAUCCACUCUCCAAACAUGGACGAAAAUACCAGGGUGUGAUCAGCGCUGCCACAGAUUUUAUAGACACGACCAGAUACUCAACUCUCCAUCCACUCUCCAAACACGGACGAGGAAAUCAGGGUGUGAUCAGCGCUACCUAUCACAGAUUCUAUAGACACAACCAGAUACUCAACUCUCCAUCCACUCUCCAAACACGGACGAAAAAAUCAGGGUGUGAUCAGCGCUGCCACAGAUUCUAUAGACACAACCAGAUACUCAACUCUCCAUCCACUCUCCAAACACGGACGAAAAAAUCAGGGUGUGAUCAGCGCUGCCACAGAUUCCGUAGACACAAGCAGAUACUCAACUCCCUGCUCUCCAUCACUGAAAAUUAUGCCUCGUCUUGUGAAAAUUCGUUUAAAAUGUCAGACUGAAUAUAUGUAAUACGGUGGCAAUGGAUGUUCUUCAAUCUAGUGCCAGAAAGCAGGGCCUUGAAAGGUAGUGAUGGUUCCUGGGGCCCACAGUUUGGUGGGAGGCCCAGAGCUAAAAUAAUCCAAAUAAAACAAAGUAAUCUGCUUUACUAAAACAAAAAUAAUAUUCUGUCAGGGGGCCCAGAAUUCCGAGCUACGUCCCUGCCAGAAAGUAUGGUUACCAAGCGAAAAAAAACUCCCAGAGUUAAGAAGCAGGGAGGAUGGAGGGGAGCACAGGAGCUGAGCAUCUGGAAAGUCGAUAGAAUCUUUGCUGCCACCUGUCUGUGCAGAACACACUGCUGCGUGACCUUUGCUUGAGCUACCGCAGUACAGCAGACUCCGGGUCACAUGCAACGCUGAACAAUGGGCUUCCCGGACUACAGAGAGAAUGGUUCUGGUUCUGGUUCUGGUUCUGGUUCUGGUGUACAGUUCUGCCUAGAAUGGAUCAUGGAAAUGUCAGUAACAGGAACGGAGACAGAGGUGGGGGUGAACAGCUGAAUGCUGUGCAGGGUUUCGGGGUAAACAGGCGCCCCGAAUUUUCACUGCAGCACGACAUGUUCUGUUUCCUCAAUUGGGAGCUCUGACUGCGUUUCUUAAGGCUUUUGCAAACGAGGACUUGUUAUGUAAUCGCCAUCUGUCUGACACGGAAGACGGUUUUUGAAAAACACUGUGUACGUAGGCCGCUCCGCUCCUGCUGUGGGGACGCACGAACCCUUUCCUACAAAACAACUCGCGUUCAGUUUUGAAAGGGUGCAGAGAACUGUGAGAAUUCAGCCACGAUACCAAAGCAAUUUCUGUGUGUGUGUGUGUGUGUGUGUGUGUGUGUAUGUGUUUUGGUUCUCUUCUGUUAUAUAUAACCUUUAUUACUGCUAAUUACUGCUUCUGCUUCAAAUGCAAAUAAUUAUUACUUUUGUGGACGACCCACCGAAGUAGCAUACAUGGUUGCCAUGCCAACAUGCUUUGAUGCAGGUGUGUUAAACUCCAGUCCUGGAGGGGGCGCUGUGUCUGCAGGUUUAACUCUAGUCCCGUAGGGCUGUAGUGUCUGCAGGUUGACACUACUGUAUUAAAGACUCAAAGGUAUUGUUGUAUUCUGCUUUUCAUCUUCAUCUACGGUAUAUUAUCUCUGCAUUUAAAACUGCUUUUUAUUAUGAUGUGCUUUUAGUGCUAAUAGUCAAACAUCCUAUUUCACUUGACUCAUGAAAAAUGAGACGAAUGGAUAUCAAAGAGAGAUGUUAUUAUUGAAUUUUCCCAUGUACUAAGAGAGCAAGUCCUCCGAUGUUCUAACGCUUCUAGAACUUUCUACACACCGUGUGUUAAAAAUAUUGUGCGAAAGACCUUUUUUGUUGUUGCUGGUAGCACAUGCUGUUUUUAUCACUGAAUCUAAAUUGGAGCCCCGUUUUUGUGAUGAGUUUGAAAAACGCGUUGUCUUCAAAGAAACCCAUAUUUGAGUGUUAAUUCUUUUAUUAGCAAUAGUUCAUAAUAAUACACAUACGUAUGUUUGCCUUAUAUUCUCAGGUCUUCAUACCGAGACAAUGCAAUAGACAUACAAAACAAUGAGCAAAGCACCACACUUGACUUAGAGGACCUCAGAAUAAUGCCGUUCUGUAUAACUGGGCAUUAUUGUUCUGAUUUGCUAUUUAGAAAAAAUAAACACCUAGCGUUCUUCUAAAUGUACUCAAGUUCCCCUGAAGAUACACAAUAUUUACACACUGUAUCUCACACAAACUACUUUACUAAUGUGACGCGAGUAUAAAAUAAUCUUUAAUGCGGAAGAGAUACCCAUUUAGGAUGAAAGAUGUACGGCAUAUCUGUAUAUCAGCUCAAUCUGCAUAACAGCUCAAUGCUACUUCCUGUCAAUUUUUUUUAAUACCAAAUUUAAGCAAGUCUUUAUUUUCCUGACCAACUGAUACAAAAUUUUGGCUUUCACAAAAUUUUACAAAAAUGUAUGUAGCAAAACACAUAAUUCUCUUCCAGGGGGUCAUACGAUCUCAUGAAAUUCUUUCACCCUUUAAACUCCUUUUAAAAUUCCAGCAGAUGAUUAUUUUCAACAAUAUGUAGUACACAUUUAUAUGAUCAGUGAUUUGUAGGGGGAAAAAUAAUUUCACAUACAUUUUUAGAAUGCAUUUUAAAAUGGAUUUAUAAUACAUGGCAAAAUAGGUUUCAAAAAACUUGGUCAUUUCAUGUAUUUCCGUGAUGUAUUUGCAAUGUAUGUGAAAUAUAUGAUAAAUAUUUUUCAUAGAAUAUUUUAAUUAAAUAUUUAUGUUUCACAUACUAAUUGGAAUUACAUUACUUAAAAUGAAAUGGCUCAUUUUUACAAACUUGGCCCAUGCAUUAGAAAUAUCUUAAAAUACAUUCCGAAGAUGUAUUUAUGAAUUAUAUAUUUUUUCUGUAUGAGAUUUGAUUUAUCAGCGUCUAAGGGAGUGAUCCUUAGUUUUUUGUUGUUACUCGACACUUGACUGAAAAGCAGUCGAUUGUACAGUUACCUCGCCUCACCUGGUUUCCUGGGUCUGAGCUGGUUGCUGAUAUUAAAGAGAAAACAAAAAACCAGCAGACCCCGUGGCUCUCAAAGUCCAGGAAUGCUAUGAGUUCAGUCGCGCCAAAUAUCCAAUUAGCCCUUGUCUGCUAAAAGCCACUCGAUAUUCUAUGUGAACUCAAAAUUAUCAGAAUAUGAAGACCUUCCUUUUUUCCAAAUUGGAUGCAGAAUAAAAAGGAAGUAAAAACGUAUUUGGGGACCGCAAUUUAUACAUUUUGGGAUCAUUGUGAAUUAAUUUUUGUCUAAUUACCUGCAUUAAUGGUUCUCUGAGAAUAUCUGCUAAUUCUUUUUUUGUGGUAAAUCUUUUUUUUAAAUUGUUUUUUACCCUAAUUUGACUUAAUUGUCGACAAUGUGGGAAAAGUACAGAAAUGGCUUUCCCAUAAACCUUAUAAAGUCAAAAUUUUAAGAAUGCAUGGUAUGCCCAUACAGUAUGUCCUCCGUGACCCUAUCAAUUGGGUCAGCUCACAUAUGCCUUCUUUUAAAUCCAAAAUUAGGGUCUGAUCCGGGAAAUCUCUAGGAAUUCAGCAAUGUUGGUCAUCGUUUUCCCAGAAGCGACAUUUCACAGCCACCAGCUGCAUUUAAAACGUCAAAUCGAAACCAGGGAAGUCAUCCUAUUCUAAAGUAACGACCAAAACAGACCAUCCUCACUUUGGGAAAAAAAAAACAACUACAAAAAAACAGCUGUUGUCCUUCUUGCUAAAUGUGGAAAUAUAUAGUACGUGCAGAGUGGAAGGUUUUUUUUUUUUGAGAAUUCCAUUCUGACCCUCUACACCUGCCCUCCUGUGACCUCACUUCCUGCCCAGAGUGGUGGAAGUUCUGCCUUGUCAGUAUUCUGGAAUGUUCUUGGACCUGCUGUUGAAGGAUGCGUGUACACAAAGAGUCUGCCUCCAGAGUUACUGCUAAGCUGCACUGUCACCAUGCUUGUUUAUAUUAUAUUUAUUGCGUAUUUUUUUGCACAUGAAUAUCCAAAGAGGCGGCCAUUUAUCGCAGCCUGGACAUUUUGCUAAAUGCUACCUUUAGCAGGUUUCUGUUUUUUUUUUUUGCCCGAAUGUAAAUGACUCAUCUAUGCUUUUGGAAUUUUUCAGUUUAUUUCUUCUGUCGCAACCUAUUAUGGAAACUCAUUUUGGAAAUAGACAGCACAUGGAAAACAAUGGGGAAAUCCAGAAUGAUGCAUAUUAAUAUCAAACCCUGUAAUCCAGUCCAUAUUUGCUACUGCAUGCCAGAUGUAUAAAGCACCUGAAUUAUGUGCAAUGGAAUGACAGUCAAUGGCGUAUAUCCAUCCUGAUAAUAAAUACUGCGGUAUGUGUCUUGA